AUGUCUGGCAAUCAUAUCAACGAAGCAUUCUCUCUCAUUGAGAAAGAUGUGUCCAAAGUCCUGGGCAUGACCAUCGGCAAGCACGAGAAUGUGCAGCCGGGAGCUCGUCUCCCUCGCAAAGACGCCCAAGAAGCCCCGAAGCUCUUCUUCGCCGGCGCAAAGCCCAAUACCAAAUAUGUGAUCGUGAGCCUCGACAUCGAUGCUCCCUUCCCCUCCUUCGGGGUUCUGGGUCCCAUUCUGCACUGGAUCCAGUCCGAUGCGAAGAUCACCGACUCUUCCUUGCUCGAGUUUGACGCGCCCUUCGUCGCCAACUGGAUCGGUCCUGCUCCCCCUCCUGGCAGUGCGCCUCACCGGUACAUCUUCUUCUUGUACGAGCAGCCGGAGACUUUCGAUCUUAAAGACCAUGCCCCUGCAGAUGGCAAGGAGCUCUCGGUCUGGAGUCGUAUGCGGUACAACCUUGAUGGCUGGGCUGAGGAGGUGAAGCUUGGUUCUCCUGUUGCCUUCAACUACUUCUUCUGCAACUAG